CCUCUAAAUCCCUUCAGUAGCCUCUAGCCAUUAGCACUGCCACCGACCAUCGUAGCUGUCACCUGAAUCCUGGCCCUCCUGUCUUCUCUCCCUGUCUCCAUUUUUCGCUGUAGUGAAUAUAUACGCAUAUCGUUUCUUUCUAGUUUUUCUCCUAUAUACAUGAACCAGCAAUGGGCAACCUGUGCACUUGUUUCGCACCCAAAACAGUGAAAAAGAAGAAAUCUACAAAGCGUUUACCCGGUAACCCGCAGUCAGUGCCCAAUUCAAGCAACCGGUGGACUCGGAUCCGGUCCACGCGCAAAGACAGCACUGAUUCUUCGAUUCAGGAGCAGGCUUUGGCUGCCGCCAUUCUUUUCAGGCAGCAUCAGCAACAGAACGGCUCCGGUUCAUUGCCGUUUGAUCGGUCGGCUUCGUUACGGUACCCGAAUAAUUCCGGGUCGAAGAAAACCCAGUUGCCCCGAAGCUCUAGUUCGAGAGCCCGGUCCCUUACUGACCCGUUGCUGCAGCCUCACCAGCUAGUUAACCAGGAUAUUAAGCUUGAUGAUCUCGAGACUAAUCAUCUUGUUCUUGUCCAUGGGGGAGGCUUUGGUGCCUGGUGUUGGUACAAAACAAUAGCUCUCCUAGAAGAGGGUGGUUUCAAAGUUACUGCAGUAGACUUAACAGGCUCCGGGAUUCAUUCUUUUGAUACAAAUGGCAUUACCAGUCUUUCUCAAUAUGUGAAACCCCUUACCAAUUUUCUUGAAAAACUUUCUGAUGGGGAGAAGGUGAUUUUGGUGGGGCAUGAUUUUGGUGGUGCUUGUAUAUCAUAUGCAAUGGAGUUGUUUCCCCAUAAAACAUCAAAGGCUAUUUUUGUUGCUGCUGCAAUGCUGACUAAUGGACAGAGCACUCUUGAUAUGUUCUCACAACAGGCAAAUUCAAAUGAUUUGAUGCAACAGGCUCAGAUAUUUGUGUAUGCAAAUGGGAAUGGCCAUCCUCCAACUGCUAUUGAUCUGGAUAAAUCAUUAUUGAGAGAGUUGCUGUUCAACCAGAGUCCUGCCAAGGAUGUUGCAUUAGCUUCUGUUUCAAUGAGGCCUAUCCCCUUUGCACCAGUUUUAGAGAAGCUUUGUCUUUCAGAUAUGAAAUAUGGAACAGUUAGAAGGUUUUAUAUAGAAACUCCAGAAGAUAAUGCCAUACCUAUUACACUGCAGGAAAGCAUGAUAAACUCAAGCCCCCCAGAAAAGGUUUAUCAUUUAAAAGGUGCUGAUCACUCACCUUUUUUCUCCAAGCCUCAGGCCCUUCACAAGAUAUUGGUAGAGAUUUCUAAGAUGCCUUCGACCUGAUAGUUUGGUAAUUAGAUGACAUAUUGGAGAGCCUUUAUUGACGGGUUUUAAAAAUGCUGCUCACAUUGGCUCUCUGCUACUUGUUAGAAGAGAUUUUGAGUUUUGUAAAUGCUUAUGUCAUCCGGUUCCAGCGCUUAAUUCCCAUAGAAAAUUUCGACCCUA